UUUUUCUCUCAAUUCUUCAACCAUGGUCAGGACACCAAACCAGGGGAGGCGGCGAAGCGCCGGCCGCCAAAAGAUCGAGAUCAAGCAGAUCGACCAGAAAAGCAAUCUUCAGGUUUCUUUCUCGAAGCGCCGGGCAGGAAUGUUCAAGAAAGCCGGCGAGCUCUGCGUCCUCUGCGGCGUCCAAAUCGCCGUCAUCGUCAAGUCUCCCGGCAACAAUUUCUUCUCGUUUGGGCAUCCCAGCGUCGACGCCAUCGUCGACCAGUAUCUCGCCGGAGGCCCGCCGCCGGGGUCCGCCGCCGCCCACCAUACGACGGAUGAGUACAACCGCAGCUACGCGGCGGCGUUUAAGGAGAUAGAGGAGGAGAGAAAGAAGGCGCCCGCCGUUGAAGAAGCGAAGGCGGCGGUCUACGGCGGCGGCGGGGGGUUCUGGUGGGAGGCGGCUAUUGACGGAAUGGGAUUGGAGGAAUUGGAGCAGUUCCAAGCAUCAUUGACGGAGCUGAAGGAGAAUUUGAAUGCCAGGCCGCUGGCGGCGCUGUCGACCGGCGACGAGAACUUCUUGCCUUUGCCAAACCUUUAAAGGACACCAAAACAGGGGAGGCGGCGAAGCGCCGGCCGGCGAAAGAUCGACAUCAAGAAGAUCGACCAGAAAAGCAAUCUUCAAGUUUCUUUCUCGAAGCGCCGGGCAGGAAUGUUCAAGAAAGCCGGCGAGCUCUGCGUCCUCUGCGGCGUCCAAAUCGCCGUCGUCGUCAAGUCUCCCGGCAACAAUUUCUUCUCGUUUGGGCAUCCCAGCGUCGACGCCAUCGUCGACCAGUAUCUCGCCGGAGGCCCGCCGCCGGGGUCCGCCGCCGCCCACCAUCCGACGGAUGAGUACAACCGGAGCUACGCGGCGGCGUUUAAGGAGAUAGAGGAGGAGAGAAAGAAGGCGCCCGCCGUUGAAGAAGCGAAGGCGGCGGUCUACGGCGGCGGCGGGGGGUUCUGGUGGGAGGCGGCUAUUGACGGAAUGGGAUUGGAGGAAUUGGAGCAGUUCCAAGCAUCAUUGACGGAGCUGAAGGAGAAUUUGAAUGCCAGGCCGCUGGCGGCGCUGUCGACCGGCGACGAGAACUUCUUGCCUUUGCCAAACCUUUAAAGGUUUGAAGCUUUACAUUUUGUGUUCGAGAGAUUUAGCAAGCAUUUUAAAAUUUUGUAUGAAUUUUAAAUUUUCAAUUAAA